AAAGUACCCUUUUAGCCAGGCUUUUCUCUGUCUUAUUUUUCUCAUUAAACUAUAUAACCAAAAACAAACCUCAUCUUUCUCCUUCAUUUCACAAACUUAUAAUUCUCUGUUUUUGUUUCUUCUUCUUCUUUCAAAAUCUCAAGAAAAAAAAAUGGAGUUAUUCACCAAAGGUAACAACGUCAAGUUACGUAGCCAUCUAGAUAAGUUUUUAGUCGCCGACGAUGACCAAGAAACCAUCCGUCAAAGCCGUAAAGGAGACGCCCGGCGUGCCGUUUGGACGGUGGAGCCCGUCGUUGAUAAACCUAAUCUGAUAAGGUUAAGGAGCAGCCAUGGCACCUACUUAACGGCGAGCAAUAAACCGUUAUUGUUAGGUAUGACCGGUGAGAAAGUGACUCAAACGGCGUCGUUUAACAAGCUCAUGGAUUGGCAAACACAGUGGGAACCGGAGCGAGAUGGGUUUCAGGUGAAGCUGAAGUCGUGGUGCGGGAAGUGGAUGAGGGCUAACGGUGGGACGCCGCCGUGGAGAAACUCCGUUACUCACGAUGAGCCUCAUACGUCAAAGACCAAGAACUGGUUGAUUUGGGAUGUUAUAACUCUUGAUGGUUCUGAUCUUGAAAACAUGUCUGAUGGUGAUGAAAGCUCUGUUUCUUCUCCGGUUGGGUCUGAAUUCGGGUCAGAACCCGGGUCGCCCGCUCAUGGGGUGUCUACGAAGAGUAGUAUUAGCCGGUUCGCUUCUCUUGGUUUACCUAUGUCUCCAAGAUGGUCCUCAAAACCGAAGUCGACGACAAGUAGCUUCAACCAAAAAGAAACAACAGUAUCUGUAUCAGCAAUGGAGUUUUUCCAGAGAGCUAAAGCUAUUCGAAUGCGUAACAGUCACAACAAGUAUCUAACAGCAGACGACGACGAAGAAACCAUAACACAAAACCGAAACGGAUCUACCAAAAACGCUCGAUGGAUCGUCGAACCGGUUCGUGAUUCGUUCCAUGUGAUUCGUCUUAAAAGCUGUUACGGUAAAUACUUAACCGCUUCUAACGAACGGUUCUUGCUCGGAGCUACGGGGAAGAAAGUGAUUCAGUUGAAACUGAGUCGGCCUGAUUCGUCUGUUGAAUGGGAACCGCUUAGAGAAGGAUCUAAGAUUAAGCUUAGGACUAGAUCUGGUAACUUUUUACGGGCUAAUGGUGGUCUUCCUCCGUGGAGAAACUCGGUCACACACGACGUUCCUCAUUUGUCUGCUACUCAGGAUUCGAUUUCUUGGGAUGUUGAUGUUGUUGAGAUCUUGACUGAUUCUGAAUUCAAGACGGAGUCUCCGAAAGCGCCACCGAAGACGACGUCGCCACCGCCGCAUCGGAGACCGACCAAUUCGCCGUUGUCGGCUGAGUCUCCAAGGACUUCGUCUUCUCUUUCAGACAGAUCCGAUUCAGAUUCGGUUGAGUCUCCGCCUAAAUCUGAUGGACGAACCAUACAUUACCAUAUCGCUGAUGAAGAAGGACACGUGGAGGAUGAAACAACCGUUGGAUAUGCUUUCACGUUUAAAGGAAACAGCGUGGCGGAAUUGACUCAGACAUUGCGAGAAGAAACGUGCAUGGAAGACGCUGUGGUGUGCACUCGUAGUCAGAUAAACGGCAAGUUGUUUCCUCUUCGUUUGCAACUUCCUCCUAACAACGGAACAUUGCAUGUCGUUGUAUUACCUUCCAGCGCUAGCCUCUAGACGCUGGCGCGGGACUUUGCGAGUGCAAUGCGAACCGAAUAAUCGAGCUAUGCGAUAGUGAUGAUCGGAUUGGGUUCUUGUUUGGUGAAGCAUUUGAUAUGAACCUUAUAAGAAGAUAGUAAGAGUUGGUAGUUGAGCCUUGCUUAAUCUAUAUUAAGAGUUUUGAUAAUAGGAAGGACUUAUAAAUUCUUUUUUUGGGGAAGUUGUUUGUUUAUGUUUAUGUAUAUAUAAGCUAUUUCUUGGUAAACGAACUUGUGGAUCUUGGGGGUUUAUUUGUGUGAGCAUGAAUUCGCAUUCGCCAUAAACAAAUAUCAUUAUUUUCUUAUAAAUGAUUAAUU